CCUGUCCUCGGGAAGGUCGCGUUUCCGGCGCCGGGUCUCGGGGCUCGGGAUGACUGGCUACACCCCCGACGAGAAGCUGCGGCUGCAGCAGCUGCGCGCCCUGCGGCGCCGCUGGCUCAAGGACCAGGAGCUGAGUCCGCGCGAGCCCGUCCUGCCCCCGCCGAAACUCGGGCCAGUGGCCAGCUUCUGGGAGCGCUUCCUGCAGCCGGGCUCCUUUUGGCGGCUGCAGACUUUCAAGCUGUACAAAGCUUGUGUAUUUACUGUAACUGGGAUACUUAUUCCUGCCUGGAUUGUUCACUACUAUGUCAAAUACCAUGUAAUGAAAAUGCCAUAUGGUAUUAUUGAAGGGAAGCCCAAAGUAUUCCCAGGUGACAAAAUUCUAGAGACAGGAGAAAUAAUCCCACCAAUGGAAGAAGAGCCUACCGGUCAUCAUUGAAGGUUAUAAACUCCAGCUUUGUUCCUAUAAAAAUGUGUUAAAUAUUUCCAGAUAUGUAUAUAAAACAAUAAAGUUUCUUCCAGGAGACUCUCAUGUUAUCUUAUUUCCUUCUAGGUAUAGCAGGAAUAGCAAAGACCAUUUCUAGACUUUUCUUUAAUGCAAGGCAAGUUAAGGAAGUUACUCACCUAGUAACAAAAUGUUCACGAUUGACUGUAUGAAAUGGACUCUGGUUGUAGGCUUUCAGUCCAAUGUACUAGUAGUAAUACAGUCUUCUUGUGUUAACAGGCAUUUAUCAGAUUAUCUGCAUUUUAUCCAUUUUAGCAACCAAUUAUAUAUCUCUAGUUAUGUAUUUGUAUUUAAUCAAACAGGAAGAUACAGC